CACGCGGCCUAUAGUUGAACAUUGACUAGCUAUUUAAAGAACCGUGGCUUGUAAUUGUAGGAAGCCAACUACGUUGAAUAUAUAGCUGUUAAUGGUCAAUAUAUAUAUAUAAAAAAAUAUGCACGAUGGAUCUAUAAUUAUCAGUUAAAAAGGUGGAAUGUUUACAUGGUCAUCAGAUGAAUGUCUUGAAUGAGUUCAAUGGUAACAUUUUCCUCUAAAAAAGCAGAGCUAAGCAAUUUCAUUGGUCGAUGCUUCGAGACAAGAUAACUUUUAUUCUAACGUAUGGAGAGUGAUGAAACUUAGUGUAGAAUUUCACUAUCAGGCAUGGCGAAGAAAUCAGAUAUAGACCAAGGAUGGGCUUGGGUCGUAUUAUUUGCAGCUUUUACAAGUUCGGCACUCUACGCUAUGGAAGCUGUGUCCCAGGGUAUAUUCCAGUUGGAAUUCUUGGAGACCUUUGAGGGAUCUCGUAGUUAUAUUUCUUUGGUUUGCUCCAUUCAUUUAGGGUUGCAGUUAUUUUUAGGCAUAGUUGCAAGUGCUAUUUGCAAUGCUUUCUCUAUACGAGUUGCAGCAAUGUUGGGUUCCAUUCUCUUCUCAGUGGGUUUAUUACUAUCAUCGUUUUCUACAACAUUUGAAGAGCUGAUGCUAUUUUAUGGAGUAAUAGCAGGAGGUGGUUCCGGAAUAUUCUAUACAUCAGUGAGUGUCAUAACAAGUCAUUAUUUUCACAAGAAAAGACUUCUUGCAUGUGGUAUAACAUUCUCUAGCCCAGGGAUUGGCUAUAUUUGUGGCCCGUCGUUCAUUCGCUACCUCAUAGAAAGUUUUGGCUGGAGAUCAGCUUUGAGCAUCUUGGGGUGCAUAGUAGCACAGACUUGCGUUUUAUCAGCACUGUUCUUCCCAGUUGACGAAACCAGUAACUGCUGUACUGCGUUGUGUAUUAAGAAAGACACAAAUCAAAGCUCAAAAUCAGACAAAGAUGGUGGGGUUGUAAAUUUACCGUUACUUAAAAAGUAUAAUCAAAAACUGAAGUGUGAUGUCCCAAAAGAGAACCAGUCUGAUGUAUGUGCUUCUAAAGUAGCAGGACCCAGCCCUACGCGUCAAAACAAUAACAUGUCGAAAUUAGGUUCUAUGUCUGAACUGAACAACCUCCAUAAUUCCAAAGAAAGUAUUCCUACCGUGCCAAACUCUCCACAGGAAAACAGAUCGCCUACGCCACAUAUGAAUAAAUCUUUGAGCAAGAAUGGUUUUAAGAACAGUGUGACUUCCAUUAAUUCCCGUAAUAUUCAUGAAUAUUACUCUAUUAUGAAAGACGGUAGUUCCAUGUCUGUGUUGAAACCCGAGAAUCGAUUCAUUACCAGUAUACAAUCACUUUCGUCCGUAUCUCGUAGACAUCUUCAAGCAUCUACAGGAAACUUGAUGUGGGAGUCCCAUUCCAGUAUUCAGCAUCUUGGUACUUACCUGACUGAAGAAGAAGAACGCGAAGCAGGCAUUGUUAAAGAAGAUUCAAAAAAAUUCUCGUGCAAACCCGAUGUUAGUGUGCUCAAGAACAAAGCGUUGUGGUGUUUAAGUUUAAGUCAGUUACUUCUGAUGUUUGGAUAUUGUAUCAACUUCAUCCAUUACCCGUCCAUGAUUGUUUCGAAAGGGAUAGAUAUAUCUGUGGUACCUCAGUUAUACAUGACACAGGGUGUUAGUCUUAUUGUAGCUCGUUUAAUUGGUGGACUAUUCUGUAAUCAUCCGGACAUUAACAUCCUGCUAAUAAGCUUUGGAUGUCAAGUGUUACUAGGAGCUCUAGUGUUUUGUAUGCCCUUUCUGGGCGCCAAUAUAUGGGCUUAUCAUUUGUGCCAAGUAUUCUUUGCGUUUUAUUAUGGAGGAACCUACGUUGUUCUUAGUCAAAUUCUGAUAAAAUUGUUAGGUCUUCGGCAUUUAGCUACCGGCUUUGGUAUUCAGAUGAUGAUGAGUGGAAUAGCAUUUUUUAUAACACCAACAUUAGCAGGUUGGCUUUAUGACAUUACAGAAUCCUACAAUCUCGCUUAUCAUUGUGCUGGAUUUGUUAUUUUUGCUGGGUCAUUUUUUGUUCUUAUGGUACAAAUUUUGGAACCAAUGUCUUUCACGAAUGAACUUUCUCCGGAGCUAGUCGUAGAAAUUGAAGAAAUAAAAACUGAUAAAGACAACUGAAGCCUAUAUAUGAAUAUUUGUUUUUAUACAUGUAUAUUAUAUAAAUUUUGUUUAUUUUUUGAACCCAUCAUUCUGUUAUAUUUGUGUACGAAAAUGCUUAAUAAAAUGAAUUAAACAUA